AUGAGCACCAGCAUCUUUUUGCUCCUGUGUGUUCUUGGGCUCAACGAGGCAGCCACAUUGAAGAUUCUGAAUGGCACUGAGUGUCAGCGUAACUCACAGCCUUGGCAGGUGGGGCUGUUUGAGGGUACCCACCUGCGCUGUGGGGGUGUCCUCAUUGACCGCAGGUGGGUCCUCACAGCUGCCCACUGCAGCGGCAGCAGGUACUGGGUGCGCCUGGGGGAGCACAGCCUCAGCCAGCUGGACUGGACGGAGCAGAUCCGGCGCAGCGGCUUCUCCGUGACCCACCCCGGCUACCAGGGAUCCCUGAAGAGCCACGAGCACGACCUCCGGCUUCUGCGCCUGGGCACGCCCGCCCGCGUCACCAGAGGCGUCCAGACCUUGCCCUUACCCAGUACUUGUGUGACUGCCGGCACCGAGUGCCACAUCUCGGGCUGGGGCACCACCAACCAUCCAUGGAACCCAUUCCCAGACCGGCUCCAGUGCCUUGACCUCCCCAUCGUCUCCGAAGACGCCUGCCGUGCCGUGUACCCCGGGAGAAUCACAGACAACAUGCUGUGUGCGGGCGGCAUCGCUGGGCAGGAUGCCUGCCAGGGUGACUCUGGGGGUCCCCUAGUGUGUGGGGGAGUCCUUCAGGGUCUGGUGUCCUGGGGCUCUGUGGGGCCUUGUGGACAAAAGGGCAUCCCAGGAGUCUACACCAAAGUUUGCAAGUAUACGGACUGGAUCCAGAUGGUCAUCAGGAACAACUGA